GAACAAAUGUCAGAAGAAAUUGUUAAACAAAUGGUUAAAUUUGUACAGUCAUUUCUAAACUCGGUACCACAGUAUGUUUUAGGUUCCUUAUCUGCUAUAGCAAUCUUAGGGGCCACACCGAACGAUGCGAUCAUUAUGAGCACAUAUUGGCUCAAACCUGAUCACUUUGUUGAAGGUAAUUAUAAUAGAACGAUAUAUGAUGAUGAUGGUGUUACAAUACUCAACUACAGGCUUUUUGGAUGGAAUGCUAAGCAAAUAGAUCUCACCACGGAACAGAAAGAACUUAUGAAAGCAUGUGUGGCCGAAGUAUCAAUAUUAGACCGCCUUAAUUACAUGGGAUCCAUUUACCACAUAGUAGUAGGGAUGCUUGCAGGUAUAAUCAGGGCAAUCGGACCAUGUAUCAAAGAGGAAUGGCCAUAUAUUCCACUAGCAUUGGCUUGGACUUUGCCAGCAAUUUUUAAGAGAGUGAUAGGAGGAAUAGUAGUGGUCCAUAACCCCAAUGAAAGGAUUGUUGGGCAAAUAAUAGUAAGUAAUUCACCAAAGGAUAGAAGACAUAACAUCAUUGAGACUGGUUUAUUCGCAAUUAUAUCUCCUUGGCUGGCAGUACUUCUGGCCUAUUUCACAAACCCAAUUGGGAAUACAUGGCAAAAAUAUUCGAUUCCUAGUUCGUUGUUACUUUUGGAUUUCUGGUGUAUUUGUAAUAUUUAUGCUACUUUUCUUAAUGCUGCUGAGCAAUUCAAGACCAUUGUGGGUAAAAUUUUUUGGGGACCUUUGCGCUGA